AUGUCUAUUCAUUAUGACCAUACCUAUUCAAAUCUAUCUAUCUAUCUAUCUAUCUAUCUAAGUCUAUUCAUUAUGGCCAUACCUAUUCAAAUCUAUCUAUCUUUUUAUGUCGAUUCAUUAUCUAUCUAUCUAUCUAUCUAUCUAUCUAUCUAUCUAUCUAAAAGACCAUCCAUAUACAUCUACCUAUCUAGAAAACCAUCCAUAUUUAUCUAUCUAUUUAUCAGAUUUUUCAUAUCUGUCUGUAUCCUUAUCUACCUAUCAAACAAUUUAUCUAUCUAUCUAUCUAUCUAUCUAUCUAUCUAUCUAUCUAUCUAUCUAUCAGACCAUUCUUAUCUAUCUAUCCAUCAGAGCACUUAUAUCUAUCUAUCUAUUAUUCUAUCAGAUUAUUCAUAUCUAUUUAUCUAUCUAUCAAACCAUCAAUAUCUAUUUAACUCUUUCUUCUUUACUAUCUCAAUAAUACAUAUAUCCAAAUUUAUUCAUAUGUAUCUAUCUGUCUCUGUAUCUAUCUAUCUAUCUAUCUAUGUCUAUUCAUUAUGGCCAUACCUAUUCAAAUCUAGCUAUCUAUCUUUUUAUGUCGAUUCAUUAUCUAUCUAUCUAUCUAUGUCUAUUCAUUAUGUUUAUACCUAUUCAAAUCUCUUCAUCUAUUUAUCUAUCUAUCUAUCUAUCUAUCUAUCUAUCUAUCGAUACAACGUUUAA